CUUUACUAUAUCCUUUAUCUUAUGAUAUCUGAUAUACCAUUGAUUUGUAGUAAACCAUCGCACGGGCAUAAUUCCCAAAACGCGGCUUAGGCGCAUUUCCUAGCGCCCUUACGUUCAUCACCCUACACCUACAUACCUACCUACCUAGGUAUUCACUACCACUACGCCGCGUCGGCUAAUACCUGUCGACGUCAUGGCAGCACUCAAGUUUGCACCCUUCUCGUCCGAGAUUGAGCUGCCUUUCUACUCGGCCUUGUUUGCCUCCAAGUUAGACCAUGACAAGCUUAGUGACUCGGCACGACCAGUUUUAGGGCUCUAUGAGCCUCGUCCUGGCACCGCUCCCGACGACAGUGUGAGGAUGCAAGUGCUAGCCAGUGCUCUUAACAGUAAUAAUGUGCCGUUAAAUGCUGUAAGGGCAGAAGGUAUCAUCCGAAACACAAACACCUUAGAUGCUUUUAAGCAAGUAGAUAAGACUGAGAUGAUUCAUCAGGCCGCGCGCCAGAUAUGGGAUGCAAUCAAAGAUGGAACCAUCUAUUCUGUUCCUUCGCUCCUCUCUCAUUACAUUAUACUAUCUUAUGCGGAUCUCAAGAAGUACAGGAUGACCUACUGGUUUGGAUUUCCAACCCUACAUUCGGAUCCCCAGUGGAAGCGUACCGGGGAUAUUCUUCGCUUCACUCCAAAUGAGACUACCGCCUUAGUCGACCGCGUGGGGACUUGGCGAUAUACUGUUGACCCCAGAGAGCAUGGCUUCUUCCUUGCUAAAAAAAUUCGGGGAAAUAGGAAGACUAUUAUGCAAUCUUCGCUCGAGGUUCCAGCGGAGGAUAUCGGAUACAGAUGGGAAGUUGGAUCACUUCGCGAAUUUGAGACAGGGUUCUUCCGCGGCGUGCCCGAAGAUGACAAAUAUGUGGCAUUUGUUGACCCUUCCACCUACGACGAGCAUCCUGCAUGGCCUCUCAGAAAUUUAUUGGUCCUUGUGAGACAACGAUUCCAUCUAACCAACGUUCAAAUUCUCUGCUACCGGGACAUACAAGCACGAAGACACGAGGCCCGCAGCAUGGCUCUUCCUCUUGCUAUGGAUCCCGUGGAAAGCAUAGAAACGACUGAAAUGCCGAAAGCCACUGGUUGGGAACGCAAUGCAGCUGGGAAAUUAAUGGCGAGAUCCGUGAGCCUGGCAGAAUCUAUGGACCCGACUCGAUUAGCAGACCAAUCGGUUGACCUCAACCUAAAACUGAUGAAAUGGCGGGUUUCACCAGAUCUCAAUCUCGAGAUCAUCAAAAAUACCAAAUGCCUUCUUCUCGGUGCUGGUACGCUUGGUAGCCACGUAUCAAGAAAUCUUAUGGCAUGGGGUGUGCGCAAGAUCACAUUUGUUGACUAUGGCGCAGUAGCCUUCUCCAACCCUGUGAGACAGCCGUUAUUCACCUAUAAUGACUGCUUGAAGGGAGGAGCUCCGAAGGCGACCCGAGCAGCAGAGGUGCUAAAAGAGAUUUAUCCCGGCGUUGAUAGCGAGGGUCAUGUUCUUUCAGUUCCCAUGCUUGGCCAUCCUAUAGUAGGGAAGACCCAGGGAGACUUUGAGCAGCUGAAAUCCCUCAUAGAUGAACAUGACGUGAUAUUCCUUUUACUGGAUAGUAGGGAGUCGAGAUGGCUCCCUACCGUGAUGGGCAAGGCCGCCGGAAAGAUUGUCAUGAACGCGGCUCUUGGCUUCGAUUCCUACGUAGUCAUGAGACACGGUGCUGAACCCAAGGAUGAUAAUGAGGAAACAUUAGGCUGUUACUUCUGCAACGAUGUUGUGACACCUGGAGACUCACAAAAAGACUUGACUCUUGACCAGCAGUGCACGGUGACACGGCCCGGCAUCGCUGGCAUCGCGUCAGCUCUCGUUGUUGAGCUUCUGACAAGCCUCCUGCAGCACCCCCUAGGUCACCAUGCCCCAGCACCCGCAGCCAGCUCUUCAUCAGGCAUAUAUGACAGUAAUCCCGGUGACGAAUAUGCUCUCGGCAUAGUACCACAUCAACUCCGUGGGUUCCUGCACAACUUCCAAACUCUCAAAAUCAAAGGCCAUUCGUACCCGUGCUGCAGUGCAUGCAGCAAGCCAAUUAUUUCCGCUUACAGGACACAAGGGUGGAAUUUUGUCAAGCGUGCACUUGAGGACAAGGAAUAUAUAGCCGAGCUCAGCGGUCUAGCUGAGGUUCAGAGGAAGGCCGAGGCAAUGGCAGAUGAGGUAGACUGGGAGGAGGAGGAGGAGGGCGAAAAGGAGGGUGAUGACGAAGGAGUACUCGUAUAGGACCUUCUCCUUCGCGUACACCACGAUCGCUGCACACGCCUAAAGAAGACACGAGCCGACGGUUUCAAAUUUUGGAAGUGGCCUCGAUGGUCUAAGAUCAGGUGGAAUGGUAGCCUUCCAUCGAGUAACUCUCAGGAAUAUUCAAUUUGCGCGACACCUUACAGGAUAUCAUACGGGUCGAUCACCCCUUCAUCUGAGGAAGUCGAGAUAUUCGGUCCGAGGUUAGUGCGGCUGCAUAAUACCUCAGAUGGCACAGCAGAUACCAUUGUGUCCAUUGGGGAGAUUCUCAAGGAGGGCCCACCUUUAGUGUGAUAGUGAAUAGUCUUGGUGUGUUACGUUUUGCAUU